CAAAUGUUCGACGAAUAGCAUAGAACUAAGAUAACAACUAGCAUACAACAAGUUAUUAUAAGCUUAAGCUUAUUAAAAUAUAUGUUUAUAAGCUUAUUUUCGGUAAUUACUAGAACUAGUCCGAAGGCAUCGAGGCGUCAAACAAGAAGAAGGAACGCAAGAGAACAGACCAUAAACAUAGAACAAAGCCAUGUUCUCGUUUUUUUCAGUGUCGGCUCGAGUGGCAGCAUUACUGCUAUAUCUGCAGCUGCUCGUAUCUUUUUCUCGCACUUCAUCUGCCUUUGCUCGACGAGCAGAGGGGCACGACAGUCAACGCUCAGCACUGUUGCAAACAGGACCGCGAUCGAGUUCCUCCACAAGACGGGUUGCGGACCACCCGUACAAGAUCACCAUCCGCAAUCGUAG